AUGGCCGAAGAUAAGUGCCCCUUCAUCCGGACCAUGAACACCGGUGGUGGCGGCACCAAGAACCGCGACUGGUGGCCCAACUCGCUGAGGCUCAACAUCCUCCGCCAGCACACGCCUGUCACCAACCCGCUCGGCGGCGACUUUGACUAUGCCUCCGCCUUCAAGGGCCUCGACUACGAGGGCAUCAAGAAGGACCUCACGGCCUUGAUGACCGACUCCCAGGAGUGGUGGCCCGCCGACUUUGGUCACUACGGCGGUUUCUUCAUCCGUAUGGCGUGGCACAGCGCCGGCACCUACCGUGUCCACGACGGACGUGGUGGUGGUGGUGAGGGCCAGCAACGUUUCGCCCCCCUCAACAGCUGGCCGGACAACGUCAGUCUCGACAAGGCCCGCCGCCUUUUGUGGCCCAUCAAGCAGAAGUAUGGCAACAAGAUCUCCUGGGCUGAUCUCAUGAUCCUGACCGGCAAUGUCGCUCUCGAGUCCAUGGGCUUCCAGACUGCUGGCUUCUCCGGUGGUCGCCCCGACACCUGGGAGGCCGACGAGUCGGUCUACUGGGGUGGCGAAACCACAUGGCUGGGCAAUGACGUUCGCUAUGCCCACGGACACAGAGGCAAGGCCGAAUCAGGCGUUCUGGAUGGCUCUGAGAAGACCAAGUCUAAGUCUGAUAUCCACUCCCGCGAACUCGAGUCACCGCUUGGUGCUGCUCACAUGGGUCUCAUCUACGUGAACCCGGAGGGUCCCGACGGCAACCCUGAUCCUGUUGCUGCCGCCAGAGACAUCCGCGUCACCUUUGGCCGCAUGGCCAUGAACGACGAGGAGACUGUCGCCCUCAUUGCGGGUGGUCAUUCUUUCGGCAAGACCCACGGCGCUGCCCCCGACAGCAACGUCGGCCCCGAGCCUGAGGCCGCUGGUCUCGAGCAGCAGGGUCUUGGUUGGAAGAACAAGCACGGCUCUGGAAAGGGCCCCGAUACCAUCACCAGUGGUCUCGAGGUUACCUGGACCGCUACGCCCACCAAGUGGAGCAACAAGUACUUCGAGUAUCUCUUCAAGUUUGACUGGGAGCUCACCAAGAGCCCUGCUGGCGCAAACCAGUGGGUGGCGAAGAACGCCGAGCCCAUCAUCCCCGACGCCUACGACCCCAACAAGAAGCACCUGCCUACCAUGCUGACUACCGACUUGUCGCUGCGCUUUGACCCCGAGUACGAGAAGAUCUCGAGACGCUUCCUCGAGAACCCGGAUCAGUUCGCCGACGCUUUUGCCAAGGCUUGGUUCAAGCUGACGCACCGUGACAUGGGCCCGCGAUCCCGCUACGUCGGUCCCGAAGUUCCUUCCGAGGACUUCAUCUGGCAGGAUCCCAUUCCCGCCCCCAACCACCCUCUCGUCAACGAGCAGGAUGCUGCUUCUUUGAAGAAGGAGAUUCUCGGCACGGGCAUCGACCCUUCCAAGUUCAUCUCUACUGCUUGGGCUUCAGCGUCUACCUUCCGUGGUAGCGACAAGCGUGGUGGUGCCAAUGGCGCCCGCAUCCGCCUGGCACCCCAGAAGGACUGGGAAGUCAACAACCCUAAGCAGCUUGCCGAGGUCCUCAAGGCUCUUGAGGGCGUCCAGCAGAAGUUCAACAGCUCCGCGAGUGGCGGCAAGAAGAUCUCGCUGGCCGACCUCAUCGUCUUGGCCGGUGCUGCCGGUAUCGAGCAAGCCGCGAAGAACGCUGGUUACGAUAUCACCGUUCCCUUCACGCCCGGCCGUGGUGAUGCCACCCAGGAGCAGACUGACAUUGAGUCUGUCGACCACCUCCAGCCCUUGGCCGACGGCUUCCGUAGCUACGGCAAGUCCACCGAGCGUGCGAAGACGGAGCACUACCUCGUCGACCGCGCGCACUUGCUCACUCUCACCGCCCCCGAGCUUACCGUUCUGCUCGGUGGUCUGCGCGUGCUGAACACCAACUACGACGGCUCGUCAUCCGGUGUCUUCACCAACCGCCCUGGUGCCCUGACCAACGACUUCUUUGUCAACCUGCUCGACAUGGGCAACGAGUGGAAGGCCACCAACAACGAGGACGUGUACGAGGGCUACGACCGCAAGUCAGGCAGCAAGAAGUACACCGCCAGCCGUGUCGAUCUCAUCUUCGGCUCCCACGCCGAGCUCCGUGCUGUGGCCGAGGUCUACGCCCAGGCUGAUGCUGGACAGAAGUUUGUCAAGGACUUUGUCACUACUUGGAACAAGGUCAUGAACCUGGACCGCUUCGAUCUCAAGAGCGGCGCUGGUAGUGUGCCGAGCCGUCUUUAG